GGUAUAAUUCAUUAAUUAUGAGCCCCCGUGUGUGAUUUUAUUGCCUUCGUAUAUAAACCAACCAAAGGCUUACGUGAUCAUUGUGGAAAAAAUACAAGAAAGUUUCAGAAAGAAAAUUAAAAUCUUCUAUAAUGCCACCUCUUCUAUUUUACAGAGGCAGGGGAAGUUAUAGCAGAAAGUAGUAUUCAGUUUCUCAUCAGUGCACUUUUAAUAGGCCAUUCUAAAUAAGAGGGAUAAUAGUGAUGUGUGGUAUGGGUCAGCAACGCUUCACAAACAUUAUAUAGUAUGUAACAUGUGUUCAUAAUAUGUAUUCACAAACAUUCUAUAACAUGUAAUAUGUGUUCACAUAUGGAAACCCUUUCUUCCCCCUGCAGUUUCAGAUACAUGAAGACAGGCACACGGGCAUAACCCCUGCCAUUUCCUAGUUCCGGUGGCAAAGAGUCCUUUCCAAAUAUAAGAGGAAUAAAGAAGUCACCUCCCCAGCUGACACCAUCUUCCAACAGAUUGAGCAAGAGCGUUUUGAGCACUACAGAAAAGACAGUUCAUCAAACCCUAGAUGAUGAUCAGCCUUGUGAUUUUUUCAAGAAAAGGAGUAGGGUGAAUGAAUCUCAUCAGAAAAGCAGCAGUAUGAAUGCUGGCCCAUCGUGGAAUAGAGUGCAGCACCCAGAAAGUUCUGCAGGAAAAAGACAGAGUCAUCCCGAAGGACGCCGUGUUUCUUCCCGGCUGAGAAGCAGCCUUGUGGGUGUCUCCCAGCUAGCUGAGGAUAAGCUUAAAGAAAGCGUUUCCCCAGAAGGAAAACCCGAGAGGAGUCCACUUGGACCCGGGUGUCAGGGGGCUUCGGGGAACAGAUUGUUUCUUGACUUUCAGUCAAUGAAGAUUAUUAAAGAAGAUGCUGAUGAAGACAGCGCCAGUGAUCUCUCCGACUCGGAGAGAGUUCCCAUCCCCCCUUCUCCCCUCACACCUCCAGAUCUGAAUCUUCGAGCUGAAGAAAUUGAUCCUGUGCACUUCGAUCUUCACCCAGGCCAGGGCCAUGCCAGACCUGGAUACUGCUAUCCUGAUUUCCUGCCACCCCCUUUUAGCUCCUGGGACCUACGGGACAUGGCCCUGCUUCUGAACGCGGAGUGUAAAACCGAAGCCAUGCCACGAGCCGGAGGACUUCUCGGGAAGUAUAUCGACAGACUUAUUCAGCUCGAGUGGCUGCAGAUCCAGACCAUACAGUGUGAAAAAGGGAAGGGGGCCAAAGCAAGGCCCCCCACUGCCCCAGCGACCUCAGGGGCUCUGAAGAGCCCUGGGAGGGGUAAGCUGAUUGCUAGCGCUCUGUCCAAGCCACUACCUCACCAGGAAGGGGCUUCAAAGUCAGGCCCUUCACGAAAGAAAGAUGUUCACCAUCAAGUCCGUCCAUCAUACUACGUGUUUGAGGCUUCCCCCAAGCCCGGUGAUAUGCUGGGUAGCAGCAGGUUAUGUUGUCAGAAGCAAACCCUUGAAAUGAGGACAGAAGAGAAGAAAAAAAAAUCAAGUAAGAGUACAAAGCUGCCGCGUUGGGAUUUGUCCUGCAGCGACAGCUCAAAGGUGGAAGCCAAUGGUAACAUUCGACUUCCCAGACAGUCAGCCGUGAUUCUGGACUCGGCCGACGCCUGCAAGCCCACCAGAACACAAGCACAUGCAAAUCUUAAGAAAAAGGGAAAUGCAAAUAGCUGUGGUCGUGCCAGUGUAUCCAGUGAGAAAAAACUCAAAACAAAUGGAGUAAAGCCAGCCAGUGUAUCCGGUGAGAAAAAACUCAAAACAAAUUCAGUGAAGCCAGCCAGUGUAUCCAGUGAGAAAAAACUCAAAACAAAUGGAGUAAAGCAAAACACGUACAAAUUAAAAUGAUACCUGGAAUGAUAAAUUGCAAAGACCUGCAGAUACAUAGACAGUGGAGCUCUUCCAGAAGUUAUGAUACUGUGAAUUUUAAGAAAUUUUAUGACUACUGAUAUUUAAGUUGUUGAUUAGCUCCUUGUCUACCCCCGUUUCCACCCCAAGUAGGUUAUUUUCAAAGAGAGAUGUAUUUCAAUAAGUCUUUGUUUGUGUUAACAGUCUUAAGCAGCUGAGAGCCCUUUAGAUAAAAAAUAACCAAAGCAUGUGCCCUCUAAAGGAAUAAAAUAGCAACUCUCCAGGGGAAGUGACUUGCCUAUGCAGAAUAGAUAGUGACGUUCAGCUCCCCAUUUCAUUUGCACAUAACUGCAUGAAAUAUUGCAUACUGUUUUAUUAUUAUUAUUAUUUUAUUUUUUGAGACAGAGUCCUGCUUUUGCCACCCAGGCUAGAGUGCAG